CCCACUGGACGCAAGCCCCCAUCAACGGCACCAUGCGAGGAUUGCUUACUCUAGCGUGUGCUUCGGCGGCGGUAGCCUCGGCGAGCGCGUUCUUGGUGUCUACGCCGUGCGCUCCCUCCUCUUCCUCCGCUGCUGCUGCUGGCCGAUUAGCAUGUCGUCGAGCGAUGAGCAUGAGCAAAGGGUUCGGGGAGCCUCCCCCGCCGAAGAAGGUCAAGGCGCCCAAGUCAGAGAAGAGCAUUCAGAGAGACGCCGCCGCGAAAGCUUACGAGGAGAUGUCGGCGGCCGGUAUUCCUGAGUACAACAUCCUCAUCAAGCCUGCGGGAACCGAUGACUACUUGCCUGCGGGAGUAAUGGCCGUGCCUAGGAGCCAGCAGGUUUCCGAAGCGAUCUUCGAGCAGGAGGAGAACCUGAAAAAGGCGGCGUUCCGGGUAUACGACAAGCUCGCCGCCUACGACGAGUUCGAGUACGGCUACACCUUGAAGAUGUUCCCGGAUGACCCCGUGACUCCGAUCGAGAAGCGAGCACCGUCCACGAACCCAGUUGGGAAAUUCUUCGAGGGACUCCUGAGCCCGGUCAACACCGCGGGCAUGAAAGGGCCGGAAAUCAACCCCCCCCCGAAGUAGAGAAAACUUGUGCCUUCAUUUUUCCUCGCAGAAAAUAAUACACCUCCUGUCGACGUUAGAUUUGAUAGAUGGUGUGGGAUGGGCGAGACACAAAUCGACGUAUCGUAGCCAUCGCCAACCACUUGGCUUAUGAAGCCUUUUGCAAGGGUAUUUUCGACGACGAAACACAGCCUUGCUUCGCCUAAAGGCUUUUCAUACCAAAAGGAUUCGGAGCCGGUUUACCUUCGAGCUGGCUCGUUUUCUAUCCGUACGAAUUCGUUAUGUUUUUAAACGCCAUCGACUACUUGUUGAUGAGUUUCCACCACGGCCAAUAGGUUGGGAUCUCGGUAGUAGUGCAGAUAGAAACGACCAGGACCACUGGCUGGUUUAUUUUAGAACUGUCCGGGGCGGGGGAUCGUUGAUAAGGAGACGGGUGACAUGUGAAGAUCGAAGGAGUUGGGUGUUCACAAGCUACCCGGGCAUCCAAAGAGGCCGGAAUGAGAUACGCUGAGCCUUGGGGACGGCAGUUGUUUUAGAUCAUGUAUUCCGCCGCGUUGGCAUAGAGUGCGUGCCGAUGGUUUCCCAUUACUGUGUCGCGUUUGUUGGUCGAAUUGGGCAUGGCAAGUGUCUCCACACAGCAGGUACGUGAAGAGCGGCGCCUGUAGUGUCUCUGACACGCGUCUACCCUGUGGUAGAGUAGGCUCCAGUAUACGUUCACUAAAGUCAUUCCCACCAUU